AUGACUGUCUCUGUUCAGUAUCCUGACUCUCCUUCAUUCUCUGUUACUGCAGUCUACGCAGCUAAUAAUGUGGACGAGAGAAGAGAACUCUGGAAAAAUCUUGUCGAUACUCAGGCGUUAUUGUCCCUUAACCUCUCAUCCUGGAUUAUCGGUGGGGACUUUAACGAGAUAACCCACUGUGCAGAGCACUCUGAAACUACGUUCAACCAGAUAACCCCACACAUGAUUGAGUUGUCUGCCUGCUUUGAAGACUUGGAAGUUCGGGACUUGAGAUAUCAUGGGCCUCGAUUUACCUGGACAAAUAAACAGCCGGACGAUCCAGUUGCUAAAAAUUUGGAUAGGAUUUUGGUUAAUGAACACUGGCUUCAAGCUUUCCCACUCUGCCAAGCCUACUUCUCGGCUCCUAUUAUCUCUGAUCACUCUCCAGGACUUGUAAAACUUGACUGUGGAAAACAAGUGGCUGGAUCCAAACCGUUUAAAUUCUUUAACUACCUGGUAAGGCAUCCAGACUUUCGCUCAACCAUUGAGGCAGGUUGGGAAAUUUCACCCGAAGAUUCCUGGACACUCUCUUCUCUGAGUAAAAAACAGAAGCUCCUGAAGAAGUUCCUCAAAUCCCUCAACAAGGACAACUUCUCAGACAUUCAGAAAAGAGUGAGAGAGACUGCUCUUUUACUGCAAGAUCUCCAAGUAAAUUCUCUGACUAACCCCUCAGAAUCAUCUUUUCAAGCCAAGAGAACCUGCAGAGAUAAGUUGUCUUUUCUAAAGACUAUUGAGGAGUUUUUUUUUCACCAAAAGUCCAUAAUUAAAUGGCUUCAGCUUGGAGACCAAAAUACGGGAUUUUUCCAUAAAAUUGCAAAGGCAAGAAACUUCUACAACGCCAUCCACUCUCUUUUGGAUCUUCAAGGAGUAGUUGUCUCCACGCCUCAGGAAGUCGGAAACCUGGCUGUCUGUCACUUUAAAGCAAUUUUAAGACCUCCUCUCACGGCAGUAACUCCACAUCUCCUGCCUUUGGUUCAAUUCUUCACUGUCUACCAUUGCUCUGAAGAUAUGAGGCUUACACUGGCAAAAAUUUCUUCAAUGAGAUUAUGA